AUGAGGUACUUGAUAUCCCUAUUGUCCUUGGCCUGUGCCGCCGUUGCCCGGCCGGCAGAACGAGACACCUUCUCGGUCCCAACCAAGGAUUCCUUCUACCACGCACCCUGGGACCUUGCAUACCAUCAGCCAGGACACGUCUUCCGCUCCCGGUCCUUCAUCUCACGGUACACAGGCAACGUCUCGGAGAGCUAUCAAUACUACUACCGGACAAAUGACAAUUUGAACAAACCCAUCGGAACAGUCGGCACUGUCUUUGUUCCUAAAAACCCCAGCUCUCCUCCAAAGAUCCUCGUCUUCAACAGCCCCGAGGACGCUGUGAACGUCGACUGUGGCCCCAGCUGGGUCUGGGUCCAGGGAACCCCAACGAGAGACACAGCCAGCAAUGAAUUGUAUCUUGAAUGGGCAUUGUCUCAGGGAUAUUACCUCGUCAAUACGGACGCAGAGGGCCCAAACGGCGCCUGGCUCGUCGGCAAGAUCGAAGGCCACUCCAUGCUCGACGGAGUACGCGCUGCUAUUGACCUCCUACAUCUUCCCCAGCGCACACCAAUAGCCAUGUUCGGAUACAGCGGUGGCGCCCACACCACCGUCUGGGCCUCCAGUCUAGCUGCCUCGUACGCACCGGAUCUCAACAUCGUCGGCGCCGCAUACGGCGGCACCCCCGUCGAUCUCACCGCGACACUGGAAUCCGUAAAUGGCACCGUGGAAUCCCAACUCGCUGUCCUAGGCGUGCUCGGUCUCGCAAAGGGAUACAAGAGCAUCCAAACCGUCCUCCCAAGCAUUCUAACCCCACUGGGUAAGAACAUAACAGCCCAACUCUCCGACCUUUGCCCAUCGUCCACUUCCUACCAAAUCAUCUACUACGGCAGUAUCGACCCCCUCUUCACAUGUAACCCGCUCAACGUUCCCGCCAUCGCAAACGUUCUCCGCCAAGAAAGCCUCCUUACCAAUGUAACGGGCCACGAUAUCCCCGUCCCCAAGUUCCCCCGCUUCCAGUUUCAGGGGAAACUAGAUGAGGUCGUCCCGUUCUCCGCCGUGGACCAGUACGUUGAGCAACAGUGCAACAAGGGUGCGGAUAUCCGCUUCGUCGCGUUCAACGGGACGAGCCAUUUCUCUGCCGAGCUGGGGGGAUUGGUGGCUUCGUUGCAGUUUCUGGGGGAUGCUUUGGAGGAUAGGCUUCAGAAAGUGAAGUGCGGGUCGCCUAUUCCUGCGCCAUCUAUUGGAAGUGCUGAGGCAGAUGCGUUCUUGGGCCCUGAGUUGGCGGCUAUUGCGAAGAAUGUGAUGCUUACUGGGUAG